GUUUAAAUACUAGUGGCGCCAUCGGUGGCAAAAUUCCCAAAUUUGUAGUGAAAAAUAGUUUGCGGUAUUUCCGCUAGAUGGCGCCAUUAACUAAAGAACCAAUAACUAUUGCUAAAUUAAAUAACUAUUCAUCAAAAUGAUAAAUUUUAUAUAUUAACUAAUAUAUUGUAGUAUUAUAAAGCAAAGAAACGUAUUAAUUACGCAUUUAUGAAAAAAAAAAGAAUUAUUUAUUAAAUGUAUUGGUAGCGCCAUCUUAAACUAAUAACGGGAACUAUUUUCACUACACACUUAGGCAUUUUGCCACCGAUAGCCCCACUAGUAUUAAAACCGCCGCUCAGUGAGCGGCUUAGUGAGCAGUACCUUUUGGAUACACCCAAUAUGUACUAUAAGACUACCACAGUUACAGUAUCAGUAUUCUACCGUAGUAUCAAUACUGUAUCAUAGUGCAUGUCUCCGCGUGUUCACCAUAAAGACAUUAAUAUUUAUUGUCUGUUAUUAUUAACAAAAUGGCAAUAGAAAGGAAAGGAACAUUUAAAGUAGAAUAUCUUCAAAAUAUUGAAAAAGAGAUACAAGCCAAAUGGGAAGCUGAUAAAGUAUAUGAGGAAGAUGCUCCUUUAAAACCUAGAAAAUCACCAGAGGAAAAAUUUUUGGCAACUUUCCCUUUUCCUUAUAUGAAUGGGAGACUUCAUCUUGGUCACACAUUUUCAUUAUCUAAAUGCGAGUUUGCUGUACGUUACAAUCGUUUAUUAGGGAAGAAAGUCCUUUUUCCAUUUGGUUUCCAUUGCACAGGUAUGCCCAUCAAAGCAUGUGCAGAUAAACUUAAAAGAGAAAUGGAAUUAUAUGGUUAUCCACCACAGUUUCCUGAAGAACAAAAAGCAAAAGAAGAAGUCAUGGAUGAUAUUAUAAUAAAGGACAAAAGUAAAGGAACAAAGAGCAAAGCUGUUGCAAAGACUGUUAGUGCAAAAUAUCAAUGGCAAAUUAUGCAAACCCUUGGUUUGGAACAUGAAGAGAUAAAGAAUUUUGCUGAUUCUGAAUAUUGGUUAAACUAUUUUCCACCUCUUGCUGUUCAAGAUUUAAAAUCAAUUGGAUUACAUAUAGAUUGGCGCAGAACAUUUAUUACAACUGAUGCAAAUCCAUUUUUUGAUUCAUUUGUACGGUGGCAAUUUGAACAUUUAAAAGCAAAGAACAAAAUAAAAUAUGGGAAAAGGUAUACAGUUUAUUCACCAAAGGAUGGGCAACCUUGUAUGGAUCAUGAUAGAUCAACAGGAGAAGGAGUAGGACCACAAGAAUACACAUUGAUUAAAAUGAAAUUACAAGAACCUUAUCCUACAAGCCUGAAGUCCCUUUCUGGCAAACCAGUUUAUUUAGUAGCUGCCACUCUGAGACCAGAAACAAUGUAUGGUCAAACAAACUGCUGGAUUCAUCCAGAUAUGAAUUAUAUUGCAUAUACUCUGUCAAAUGGAGAUAUUUAUAUAUCAACAGAAAGAGCAGCACGGAACAUGGCCUAUCAAGAUUUCUUUAAAGAGGAGGGAAAGAUAUCAAUUGCCUUAAAACUUACUGGAAAAGAUAUACUAGGAUUACCUGUAGAAGCACCUAUUACAAUUAACAAAAUAAUUUACACUUUACCAAUGAUGACUAUCAAAGAAGACAAAGGUACCGGAGUUGUUACUUCUGUACCUAGUGAUUCUCCUGAUGAUUAUGCAGCCUUAAUGGACUUAAAAAAAAAACAAGCACUGAGAGAAAAAUAUGGAAUAACAGACGAAAUGGUGCUACCUUAUGACCCGAUACCUAUUAUCGACGUGCCCGAAUUUGGUAAUUUAUCUGCAGUAAUUGUGUACGAUAAAUUAAAAAUUCAAUCUCAAAAUGAUAAGGCUAAAUUACUGGAAGCAAAAGAGAUGGUAUAUCUUAAAGGUUUUUACGAUGGCGUAUUAUUAGUAGGUAAAUACAAAGGAAAGAAAGUGCAGGAUGUUAAAAAACAACUACAAAAGGAAUUGAUAGAUGAGGGUAAAGCGGUCAUAUAUUACGAACCGGAAAAAACUGUUAUAUCUAGAUCAAACGAUGAAUGCGUGGUAGCUUUAUGUAAUCAAUGGUAUCUGAUUUAUGGAGAAGAAAGUUGGAAAAAAGAAGCAACAGUGGCCUUAAAUAACCUCAAUACCUUUCAUGACGAAGUGAAAAGGAAUUUUAUGGCAUGUCUUGAUUGGUUACGCGAAUAUGCAUGUUCACGAACUUAUGGACUUGGUACUAAAUUACCAUGGGAUGAAGAUUGGUUAAUAGAAUCCUUGUCAGAUUCAACGAUCUAUAUGGCUUAUUAUACCGUUGCGCAUUUGUUACAAGGGGGCACAUUUAAAGGCGAUAAACCUAAUACAUACAACAUAAAGGCAAAUCAAAUGACACCAAAAGUAUGGGAUUACAUUUUCUUCAAGGAUGCUAAGUUUCCAAAAACAGAUAUACGAAAAGAUGCCUUAAAUCAUAUGCGACGCGAAUUUCAAUACUGGUAUCCGGUAGAUUUGAGAGUAUCUGGGAAAGAUCUCGUACAGAAUCAUCUCACAUUUUUCAUUUAUAAUCACGUUGCCGUGUGGUCUACGCAACCCGAAUUAUGGCCAAAAGGAAUAAGAGCAAAUGGACAUUUACUAUUAAACUCAUCUAAGAUGUCAAAAUCUGAAGGUAACUUCUUGACACUUGCGGAGGCGGUAGAAAAAUUUUCCGCGGAUGGUAUGCGACUCUGUUUAGCUGAUUCUGGUGAUUCGAUCGAAGAUGCUAAUUUCGUAGAAAGUAUGGCGAAUGCUGGAAUUCUUCGAUUGUAUAAUUUCAUCGAAUGGGUCAAAGAAGUAUUGGCAUCAAAGAGUACCUUUAGACAAGGAAAGCCAGAUACAUUCAAUGAUAAGGUCUUUGAAAGCGAAAUGAACUUAAAAAUACGAGAGACUGGAGAUAAUUAUUCGAAAAUGCUGUAUAAGGAAGCGUUAAAGACAGGAUUCUUUGAAUUGCAAGCAGCAAGAGACAAGUAUAUACAGCUGAGCGCGUUAGAUGGUAUUAAUUGGACAUUGAUUAUGAGAUUUAUAGAACUUCAAAUUAUUCUUUUGUCUCCGAUUUGUCCGCAUGUAACAGAACAUGUAUGGAAACUUAUUGGGAAAGAAGGAAGCAUAUUGAAUGCUAGGUGGCCUCAGAUAAGAGAAAUAGACGAAAUUCUCAUAAAAUCGUCUGAGUAUCUUAUGGAUGCGGCACAUUCGUUUAGACUUCUUUUAAAAAGUUAUAUGACACCAAGGAAAACCUCAAGCAAUAAAAAUGGAACAGCAAUAGAAAAACCUACAGAAGGCAUAAUUUGGGUAGCUAAAACCUACCCUUCUUGGCAAAGCACUGUUUUAACUACCAUGAAAGAUUUGUACCUUAAGAAUGGCAAUAAACUACCAGAAAAUAAAAUUAUUGCAGUAGAAUUGGGUAAAUUACAAGAAUUAAAAAAAUACAUGAAGCGCGUUAUGCCAUUUGUACAGGUUAUAAGAGAAAAAAUGGAACUUAUUGGAUUAAGUGCACUUAACCUGACUUUAGAUUUUGAUGAAUUCAAAGUUCUUCGGGAUAACAAGAGUUAUCUUGAAAAUACUUUAGAUUUGGAUACUGUUAUCGUAAAAUAUACUGAUGAAGCUCCUGAAAAAACGAAGGAAGAAUGUUGUCCAGGCUCUCCAUAUAUGAACUUUUUUUGUAAACCUGGAGUUACAGUAUGUGUUAUAAAUCCGCAAAAGUGCAGCGGUUUAUUAAGGUUAUAUAUAAAGAUCGCAAACGAAGACAGUGUAGCGAACGUCAUAUCGCGAAUAUCGAAAGAAAACAAACAAAUAAAGGAUCCGUCAUCAGUUUUUUUAUACCGUUAUAACGAUCCUCUCCUGGGAUCCAGAAUAAAACCAAUUUGUGAUGAUAUUUUAAAAGGUAAAACUGAAAUACCUAAGAAUUCCACAUUUCAUGUGGACACAGAAAAUAAAACUGUUAAAGUAAGUGUGCAAGGUAGCGUAUAUGACAUCGGUAACGAACUAAUAUAUACAGUUCAAUCUGAGAAAAACUGAAAUAUAAAUAUAUAUAUUUAUAAUUUUUUGUAAUGAUAAUAAAUUUAGUUCAUGUUCGUAUCAAUAUUUAUUUAUACAUUAUUCGAAUCUUACAGUAUGAUUUCAUUAAUAAACAUGUACAAUUAUACUUUAAAAAAUUAUUUUUAUUGUAAAAAGUGUAAAAAAGUAUUUUGAUAUUUAAACUUUUGAAAAUACAUUUUUAUAUAGUAGUA